AGGAACAAGAGGUGGAAUCGGACAAGCGCAAGCUUGAAAUGGAUAUGCAAGAGAAGCAUCAGCGGGCCAUAUUGAGACAGGGCCAACUGGAGCAUGAGUUGCAGCGGCUGCAGGAACAUCUAAGCCAGGACGAGCUUUGGGAGCAGCAGACCGGCGAUGCCGUGGCGCAAGCUGAGAGGCGCAUGCAGCAGCAGCACCACCAAAGUGAGCGGAUCAAGCAAGAGGAAAACCAUGCAAUGCAGGAGUCGGUUGGCAAGGAGAAGAUGCUGGAGGCUCAGAACCGCAGGAUGCAAGAUCUGCGUCAAAGGCUCAAAGACCUAGAUCUCCAACAGAAGAUCUUGUCAGAUAAGGAGGAGCAGAUGCGGAUCGAUCAGAUGGAAAGACAAGAGCAGGAACAAGAGGUGGAAUCGGACAAGCGGAAGCUUGAAAUGGAUAUGCAAGAGAAGCAUCAGCGGGCCAUAUUGAGACAGGGCCAACUGGAGCAUGAGUUGCAGCGGCUGCAGGAACAUCUAAGCCAGGACGAGCUUCGGGAGCAGCAGACCGGCGAUGCCGUGGCGCAAGCUGAGAGGCGCAUGCAGCAGCAGCACCACCAAAGUGAGCUGAUCAAGCAAGAGGAAAACCAUGCAAUGCAGGAGUCGGUUGACAAGGAGAAGAUGCUGGAGGCUCAGAACCGCAGGAUGCAAGAUCUGCGUCAAAGGCUCAAAGACCUAGAUCUCCAACAGAAGAUCUUGUCAGAUAAGGAGGAGCAGAUGCGGAUCGAUCAGAUGGAAAGACAAGAGCAGGUCCUGCGGAAACGGCAAGAGCAGCAACUCCGACAGUGCCAGCUACAACUGCAAGACAUGCGGAACCAGCAAGAGGCGUCAGACCAGCAUUUCCGGUCCAAACUGGAGCGAAUGAAUCGGGACUUGGAGCUUCAGACGCAGCGCGUGAAGGAGCUCCAAGCCCAGCUGCUGCGCAUCUACGAGGUGGAAGCUGGCGGAAAAGAGGAUGCCCUGCAGCAGCGCUUGGUGGAGAAGAAGGUGCAGGAGCUGGAAAAGGAGCUGGCAAAAAUCCGGGAGGAGCUCUUGCAGCAAAGCGCCUUCAUGACUCAGCAGGAGCAGAACGUCCGGGACCAAGAGGAGCAACUUGCCCAGUUGCAGCUGGAGGCCCUGCGAGAGAUCCAGGAGCACUUGGACAAGCCUCGUGAGCGCGGUCCCGAUGGGGAGGAAUUGGCAGAUUCGAAGGCACUGCGGAGGAAGCUGCAAUCCGACAAGGAAGAGCUGGAAAAGCAAAUGGCGUUGCAAGAGCAGCAUCAGAGCCUUCGGGCUGAGCAGCAGCAGCGUGUCGUCCAGCGGUUGGGCGACCAGUUGCAAGUCCUACUGGGCCUGCUUGAUGGUCUCAGGGUCAAGCCAGUGAUGACGGCCUCAGGGCGGCAAGAAUUGAAGCAGGAGGCCUUCAGCUUAGUCCAAGAGCGGGAGGAGUGGCUACAGCAGCUCCAAGAGAUCGAGGAGAGGCAGCGGGUGCUGUACGUGGAAGAGCAGCAGCGGAUGGAGUUCUUUGAGGAGACGGCGGAGCAUUGGAAGUUGGAGCAGCAGGCGCUGCUGAAGCAGGAGGAGCUGGCAGAAGCUGCCGCCCGUGAUGCUGAGCGACAGGCCAUGGAGGAAGCCGCCAGGCACUUGGCUGAGGGGAAGCUAGUGCCUGGCGCCAAUUUGGAGGUGAUCCUGGCUGAUCCCGGCCCAGUGGGGCUGACCUUCUAUGCGGAUGACACGGCACCGCCACGGGUCCGAAAAGUGAAGAAGGACCGGCGCGCCUUUUGGGAGAAGCACGGCAUGCAGGACGGCGCCGCGAUCCUGGCGGUGGGAGACACGCCCACCGCACACUUGACCAGUGCGGACCUCCUCCCCUUGCUGAACAGCAGGCCGCUGAGGCUUCAAUUUGAUCUGAGUGGUCCACCAGAUGAUGGGCUCAAUGCGCUGGACGACAGCGGGCAAACAGCCUUGCAUCGCGCUCUUGAAGAGGGAGAUGAAGCCAAAGCCCUCGAGAUCCUCGCAAAUCCGGAGUUCCAGUCCAUCAACGUGCAGGACAAUUUGGGCAAAACGGCUCUUCACUGGGCAGCCAGUGGUGGUAUGGAGAAUGCGUGCAAAGCCAUUCUGAGCAACUGGGGCACUGCAAUUCAGAUUGGUGUCCUGCAGGUCAUGAAGGUAGGAUUUGAGAUGGGGAUCCUUCUGGCCCCACUGCCUACAGUCUUGAAUUGUUCCGAGAUCGAUCUGCAGGUUGUACUGGGGGUCAUCCCGACUUCCAUGAAGAAGACGCGGCUGACUACCGGGGAACGACUGCAUUUGAAGAUGCGGAAGGAGCAGGUCAUAUGCAGGUGGUGAAGGCCUUUGAUGAUCACAGGGUAGAAGCAACUACCGAGCAAGAAGGAUGGUGACUUCGUCCAGCUUGUGCCAAGCCUUCGUACCGAAGACGUGCAUCGCGGAUCGUGGUACGUCGACGUGAAUGGGCCUUGGCAAAGUUUCGCGGGACAGCUGGGGACAUCACACAAGUUCAGGACCAACGUCCCCACGCUGCCGACACAUGAACCGUGAUCGACCAGCACAAGCGACAACACGACCGAGCAAGCUCCAGCAGGAUCUCAAAAUGCGUGCCGGCAGGAUCC